AUGACGUCGUCUGAACAAUGGGAGACAUUCCUCCAUCAAUGUCUCACGCAUCGAAUAGAUGCCGCCGAAUUCAAGAAUCUGUCGAAGCUGCUGUCUCAACGAUAUCCUAUCGCUGAAGGCGCACUUCUCGACGUGCUACUCGAGAUACGUCUCGCCACUGGAAUCAAAUGGGAUCCGCUUCUCCCCCUUUACAUAGAUUGUCUCUGUAAGACGGGCAUGGUCCAGACCUCUACGGUGCUGACUUCACUUUUGAAGUACUCGUCCAUUCACGAGAAGCCACGGUCCCCUGGCUCUGAAGUUCUCCAGAGCAAAAAGGCCCUGAAGUGUUAUACUCUGAUGACAGAUAUCAGAGUGAUACAAGAUGCUAUGCUCUCCGUCUCUACCGGUAGCACCCCGAAGUCCCUUUCAGAAGCUGUCAGCAUUUUCUCUGCUAUAGUAGAUUGGAUUCAGGUUGUCGUGGCCUGGCACAACAAUCACAUAGACCCCAGUCAGCAGACAGGCGGACUAAUGAGCUCCCCGGAUGCGGUUUCGGUGUUUGAGUCACUUGGAAUCCUCCUGACGGCCCUAUCGGGGACUGGAAAGGGCAUAGAAAUCCUUUCUAGCGAUUCUCAUGAAGCGCUGAAGGUCAAACUGGGUCAGGCUCUUUCAGCAUAUCUUCCGCUUUGUAUGGAAGUUUCGCUUCCACUUCGCAGUAGAUUGGACAGUCUGCAGAAAGGGUUCAAUCUGUAUGGAGAGCCACCAUCCAAGUCAUUGCAAUCCAUGAUGGAAAAUGUGAAUGUGAACGCGCUUCAGUUUGAAGCCUCCGUCAUGGACGGGCCUGUCAUAAAUUCCAGAGCUGGACUCUACAUAUAUAUAAAUGCAAUGCUUGUGGGCCGUCCUCUGGUGGACGACAGCAUGUUACUCAAUUAUCUCACUAAUCGAUAUAAUGGGCACUAUGAUGUCCUAGUUGAGGAGGUCAUAACCGCUACAUUUGAUGUUCUGUCGAACGCUUUAUAUCGCAAUGAAUCCAGCCGGACGAUGUUCUUAUUCCGUUCGUUUUUGGUAAACAAGCUCCCAUCAUUCUUCGCAGCCAUGUUGGCUGCAUCAAUGGUCUCAUUGCCCAUGGAAAUGUGCAUAAGCCAUGCUCUGAGUCGGUUGGACCCAAACACAUUCCCAUCUUUCUCGCAGAUGUUUGCAAUGCAAGGUAGUACCGUCCUUUCGGAGGUGCGACCGGAGUUUCUGUUUGCCUGUGCCUCACAUAAAUUGAUUCCUGAAUCCAGCAUCGAGCGUCUGCUAGGUGAAAACCCCAUGCAAACACCCCCUGUCGGAUACAAUAAAGACGACCUCGUAUCUCAAAUCAAUGCCAACCUGGAACGCGUAGAGCAGCUCAUCAACGAGAUCGAAUCCACCGAGGGUAAUGCGGGUGCUAUUGUUGCAGCCAUCACAGAGGUUAUGCAUAGUCUCAGCAGCCAGAAAGAGACAAUGACGUUGAAAAGCAUCUGUAACACUCUUUCCCGGCACCCGCAGGCUCUCGACGUAAUCCUACUUUUCCGAAGCGCGAAGCAUAUUUUGCAACCGCUUUGUACUCUGCUGCAUUCCUGGCACUGGGAUGAGGAUCAAGGAGAGAGUCAGCCUGUCUACGAUGAAUUUGGUAGCAUUUUGCUACUUGUGUUAACAUUCAAAUACCGGUACGAUUUGCGGCCAUAUGAUCUCGGGAUUAUGAGCGAUGAUUCUUUUAUUCUGAAAUUGCUCGACUGCGGAUCGUCCAGCCAGAAAUUGGACGAUCUAAGUGAGAAGCAAAACAAGAACCUAGGAGCAUGGAUCACGGCUCUGUUUAUUGCCGAAGGCAUAAGCGAAGAGACCAUGUCAUCCUGCAGUCCGCAAGAGUUCUAUCUUCUCGUAUCGACCCUGUUCAGCCAAAGCCUCGCAGCAUGUGAAGCAGGAAAACUGGAGUUUGACACCCUCAAGGGAGGUUUUGAAUAUUUACUUGAGCCCUUCCUGCUCCCGUCUCUGGUUAUCGCUUUGACUUGGCUAGGAAAUCAUAUUUGGGAGACUGAGAGUGAUCCCACGAUUCCUCUGAAGACCUUGCAUUCUCUGGUGAACCCCAGCUCAAUAUCCGGUGACGCGAAGGAGAUCCAUAGGACGGUACUGAACAUCACCGCACGCUCUUUAGAUGAGCAACUAAAAGAUAUCCGGUCCCGCCAUCCGAAUAGGACGGAUGUUAAACCAAUUCUGGACGCACUUGAGCCUUAUCUAUCUUUCCAGAGGACAGGUAGCUGUCAUCGGUCAGAGCUCGACAGCUGGGCCACCCAUUCACCUGGAGGUCUACUGGGCAGCAUCCGAAGCACCUUUCAAGGGCUUGUCCUUUGGACCACCAGCCCCGGCGUGAGUAUGGCGCCGCAUUCAUACACACAUCGGCAGCUUGUGACCGGCAUCCGGAUGCUCGGAUCUACACGCGUAUUCGCCGCCAUUCUUGAUGAGCUGAAGAUGCAGACUGAGACAGGCAACGCCGAUCUUGCCCUUGACAUCGCAGCGACUAUGAUCUGUUCGCCACUAGCUGAGUCCUUUGCUAUAGAACAAGGCCACUACCACCCAGUGGAUCCCAACAAGGAACCUCUUCCACGGUGCGCGAUACUCACCCUUCGCGAUGCACUAAACCUGCAGCAUGAAAACGUACCAAAGCUAUCAGAGAAGGAUCCGUUGCGCGCGGAGGUUAUUGUACGGCUGUACCGUCGUGUCAACGCCCUUAUGACACCCACAACGCAGAUGCCCAACCUAGACAUGAGCAAUAUCAUCCAAAACAUGCAAUUAGGGGUGGAGGACCACGGACAGAUGGGCCUCGAGCCCGCGGGAGCAGGGCACGGCGUCGGCGAUGAUGACGCUGCCAACCUCAACCGCAUGCUGGACAACGCAGCCGCCGCAGCCGCAGCGGGACUAGACAGUGGCAUGGGACAGAGUAUAGGCGGAGGCCUUGAUACGAGCAUUGACGAUGUAUUGAACGCGGCCGAUAUGGCAGUUGGGAACCCAGAGUUCCUUGAUCUCGAUAUGGAGGGCAUGUUCUAA